UUUUAUAAGAAGAAAUGAAUUUAAUAAUUCGUUCGAUAAUAUUAUCGACGCUAUUCCUGAUAAUUAAUAAUGGUAAGAACGAAUUUGCUGAAGCAACUUUUAAUUUCAUAAGUGAUUUCAUACAAUACAAUAUAGCUGGUAUACCUGUUAUACACCAAGAAACUGAAUGGCAUUUUGAUCCGGAAAUUGGGAAAAAGAGAAGAGUCAGGUACGAAAUAGAAAAUGGUUACCGUGGUGAAAAAGCUAUAGCUAAAUUAGGUAUGGGGAUUGGAUAUGUACAGCCAUGGAAUACGCUGGUUAAAAACAAAAACUAAUUGAGCAACAUUAAAAGGCAAUUUUUUAUCCUACAAAUACUAAAUUUAGAUUUCAAAAAUUGUUCUCUAAUAAAUUAUUUCUUCAAAAUAAA